ACUAAUUUCUUAUUUCUCCGUCUCACUUCUCGCUUCUGCUGUGCGAAGACGAAAGAGCCGAAGGGAGCCCCGAAACCCUAAAAGAGAUCGAUUCUUGUGCAGUUAGGGUUCGCACUCGUAACAAUUCACAGCGCCUCGGAUCAUUUGAGUAUUGAACUGGGUGUCCUACUGUUCGAUUUCACUCUUUGUACCGUGGAGGAUUGACAGGUAGAAGUGAGGGCAGGAGCGGAAGACGUUGGGUGCUCUGAUCUAUCCGUCCGAUCGAAAUCUUGGACUUCGCCGAGCCGAGUCGUCUGCGGACCGUAUCUGAGGACCGGAAUUCGGAGACAGUUUCAGUUGUUUUUCGUGAACAUAACAAACCCAAAGAAAUAAGACAGUGAGGAACACCACUCGCAGAGGUUUGGCAAUAUCCGGAAAAUGUCAGAGUUCCUUGACCUAGAAACGCAGGAUGGGGUGCGAAUGACCUGGAACAUGCUUCCAGGCACAAAGCAAGAAGCUUUGGGUUGCGUCAUACCAGUUGCUGCUAUCUACACUCCUCUCAAACCAAUUCCUGACAUGCCAGUCCUGCCUUACUCGCCUCUUAGAUGCCGCAUCUGCCGCUCCAUCCUCAAUCCUUUCUCCAUUGUGGACUAUGUUGCUAAGAUCUGGGUAUGCCCAUUCUGCUUUCAGCGCAACCACUUUCCUCAACACUAUUUGUCAAUAUCGGAGGACACCCUUCCUGCUGAGCUUUUCCCUCAAUACACAACCAUUGAGUAUGCAUCCUCCAUUGAGACUGGCUCGAAGAUCCCUUCAGUGUUCCUCUUUGUUGUUGAUACAUGUAUGAUUGAGGAGGAGAUUGUGUUCUUGAAGUCAGCCUUGUCGCAGGCUAUUGAGCUGUUGCCAGAGAAUUCUCUUGUUGGCUUAAUCACUUUUGGGACUUACGUACAGGUCCAUGAGUUAGGUUUCGGGCAUAUGCCAAAAUCCUAUAUUUUCAAAGGGUCGAAAGAGUACACAAAGGAACAACUCUUGGACCAAAUGUGCUUUUUUGCAGGGAAGCCAAGACCAAAUGUUGGAGUGAUUGCGGGCCCCAGGGAUGGACUGUCAUCAGAGAGUGUUGGCAGAUUCCUUUUACCUGCCUCUGAGUGCGAGUUUGUCUUGAACUCAGUUCUAGAAGAACUACAGAGAGAUCCUUGGCCUGUCCCAGCAGACCAACGUGCUUCAAGAUGCACCAGCACGGCACUAAGUAUUGCAGCUAGUUUGUUAGGUCUCUGUGUUCCUGGUACAGGAGCUAGAAUUAUGGCUUUUGUUGGUGGUCCAUCUACAGAGGGAACAGGCUCUAUCGUAUCAAAGAGUCUUUCUGAGCCAAUUCGUUCUCACAAAGACCUUGAUAAAGGAGCUGCUCCACUUUAUAAUAAAGCUGUGAAAUUCUAUGAGGCACUUUCAAAGCAACUUGCGCAUCAAGGUCAUGUAUUGGAUUUGUUUGCUUGUGCACUUGACCAGGUUGGGGUGGCAGAGCUUAAAGUUGCAGUUGAAAGGACUGGAGGUAUUGUGGUUCUUGCAGAAAGUUUUGGACACUCUGUUUUCAAGGAUUCACUGCGACGCAUUUUUCAGUCAGCUGAGUAUGAUCUUGGUCUAGCAUUCAAUGGCGUAUUUGAGGUUAACUGCUCAAAGGAUCUGAAAGUCCAGGGCAUCAUUGGUCCUUGUGCUUCUCUUGAUAAGAAGGGGCCUUUGUGCGCUGAAACAAUUGUUGGUCAGGGAAACACAAGUGCCUGGAAGAUGUGCGGCCUUGAUAAAAAGACAUCGUUAUGUUUGAUAUUUGAGAUUGUGAGAAAAGAUGGUCCAGAAACAAAUGCUCAACCUACAAGCAAUCAAUUUUAUUUCCAAUUUUUGACAUAUUAUCAACAUAGCGAUGGCCAGAUGAGAUUACGUGCAACCACUCUGUCCAGAAGAUGGGUGGCAGGUCCUGGCAGUACACAGGAUUUGGUAUCUGGAUUUGACCAAGAAGCUGCUGCUGCAGUCAUGGCACGCCUGGUUUCUUUCAAGAUGGAAACAGAGGCUGAUUUUGAUCCAAUACGAUGGCUUGAUCGAUCGUUGAUACGUUUGUGUUCCAAGUUUGGAGAUUACCAGAAAGACAGUCCAUCCUCUUUCAGCUUAUCUCCACGCUUAUCAAUAUUUCCUCAAUUUAUGUUCCACUUGAGGCGUUCUCAGUUUGUCCAGGUCUUUAACAAUAGUCCUGAUGAGACAGCAUACUAUAGGAUGAUCCUGAAUAGAGAGAAUGUUGCAAAUGCAGUUGUUAUGAUCCAGCCAUCACUGAUAUCUUACUCCUUCCAUUCUGCCCCUGAGCCUGUUCUUCUGGAUGUAACUGCAAUUGCUGCAGAUAGGAUUCUGCUGUUGGAUUCUUAUUUUACGGUGGUUGUAUUUCAUGGAAUAAGCAUUGCACAAUGGCGAAAUGCUGGCUACCAAAAUCAACCUGAGCAUGAGACGUUUGCUCAUUUACUUCAAGCUCCACGUGAUGAGGCAGAUGCAAUAACAAAGGAGCGAUUUCCUGUUCCUCGUCUGGUCGUUUGUGAUCAACAUGGCUCCCAGGCUCGAUUUCUUUUGGUGAAAUUGAAUCCAUCAGUCACAUACAACUCUGACAAUCCUCCGCCGCCUGGUGGAGAUAUCAUAUUCACAGAUGAUGUUAGCUUCCAGGUUUUCUUGGAUCAUCUUCAGCGUCUUGCAGUUCAGUAACAAUAUGGUGUUAGAGCAGUACCUAUUUCGUCUCGCAUCUCAUUAUUCAUUGUACGGUAAGGAAAGCAAAGCGUGGCCCACUGUUAGUCCCUGGGUAGGCUUUUGAAAAUUUAUCAGCUUCUCUGUUUGAGGAUUUGUCUUUUGCUCUAAUCGUUUGUAAAUGUUUUUGUAUGUACACAUUAUCUGUAUUCCCUGGUGGUGGUGUCACAUAAAAGAUGUCAUUUACGAUAUAGCUUGUUGGUAUAAAAUUUCCACAUCAGACCAUUGGCGAUAUUGUUA